CUGCUCGCAGCUCUUCUAGCGGUCGUGUUUCUGCGUGGGGAGCGUUCUGCGCAGCCGCGAAGCUCCAACCCACCACCUCCAGGACUGGAAUGCCUCUGGAUUCGCUGCCAAAUCCUUCCGGACUAUCCAGGGAUGAGCGCUGAGUUUACGCUGUCUCUGCCGUCAGUUUUCGUAUUCGUCGCCUGAAAACUGAAGUUCGGGGUUUUUUUUGUGUACCGGCAGGGCGCGCUUUGAGUUCCGCUGAAUAUUUUUUCCCACAUUUAGUAGUUGCACUGUCGCAGGAGAAACGCGGCGGUUCCCCGCAGCUGCAUCCGCGUGAAUUCCCGGCUUCGAGGCGGGAACGCCGGCGAUGAAUCAUUCGGUCUGACGGCGUCUGACGGGCUGCUAGCUUAGCCGGAGAACAGCUCGCGCGCGCUCCACACAGAGAAAUCCGGGUUCGGGACAGGCCCAGCGGUUCUGGCGUCACUCUGACCCCCCCGCACCGAGUCACUCCAUUGGAUUUAUUUAGUUUUCUUUGGGGGGUGGUGGAGGUAGUACCCCCGCUAACCCUGGACAGCUCCUUUAUGGGGCUGGGCUAGCCGUGGACACAAAGGAGCAGCGGGAAGACGGUGACGCCGGCCGCGCGGCGGCUCGUUUCUGGGUAGGACAGCUACGGACUCGGACCUGACAUGAUGUUUCCACAAUCAAGACACACAGCCUCCUCACAGCAGCUGAAAUUCACAACCUCUGACUCCUGCGACCGGAUCAAGGAUGAGUUCCAGUUUCUUCAAGCACAAUACCACAGUUUGAAGCUUGAAUGUGACAAGCUGGCGAGUGAAAAGUCUGAGAUGCAGCGUCAUUAUAUCAUGUACUACGAGAUGUCCUACGGGCUCAACAUAGAGAUGCACAAACAGGCUGAGAUCGUGAAGAGACUCAACGGGAUCUGCGCACAAGUCCUGCCCUACCUGUCCCAGGAGCACCAGCAGCAGGUCCUGGCCGCCAUCGAGAGGGCCAAGCAGGUCACGCCCCCAGAGAUGAACUCCAUCAUAAGGCAGCAGCUCCAGGCUCACCAGCUGUCCCAGCUCCAGGGCCUGGCCCUGCCCAUGACGCCGCUGCCCCUGGGCCUGAGCCAGCCGGCCCUCCCCGCCGUCACCACCUCCUCUGGCCUCUUCUCCCUCUCCUCCCUCCUGGCCUCUCAAGCCCAGCUGGCCAAGGAGGAGAAAGCCUCUCGUGACGGCGUGGAUAGCCACCGCGAGGAAGAUGGAGACAAGUCUGACUAGAUGGUGUUCCUCACUCACCUCCUCUUUUUGCCAGAGACCUGAAUCUCCCCAAAUUCACGACUUUGCUCCCCAGAUUUCCUCCUUUAUCCCUCAGCUCAGCUCCACCUUCAGAUCCAUAAUUGUUAGCAGAGCUCUGCUUCUCUGGUUUGCUCACAUUGACAAUAACAAGGUUGCCUCAAAAACAGUUUUUUUCUCCUAUCAUCUCUGGUGUUUAGUUUCUUUAUUCUGUGUACUUGAGCUUGACUUUUUUAAUUUAGUUUUUCCUCGUCAUCCUGCUCCUGUUCUUUCUCCUGCUCUGAGCAGAUCCUGUCUGAUCCUGACUGAACUGCAAACUGAAAGCACUUCUUUGUUUCUGUUAGACAAAGACCGGUCUGGAAAAGCCAAACCUCGCUCUUUCACAGUAAAGUCUUACAAGUCCAGAGUUCAAACAGCUAAAACAGAUUAGCGCAGAGACGGAAGGAGCUGUUUACGGCGUUUUCUCAUGUGGUCUUAGUCCGUCCUGAAGGUGUGAGAUCUUCACGCAUCUGCAAACAGAGGCUCCACCCCCUACCACAGAAAUGAGUGAAGCUAGACAAACAGGCGGCGUGUUUGACAGCGUUUUCAUGAUGGAUGGAUCUAAAGACGCCGCUCAGACUCUGGACUGGGAUCCUGAAUAUUGACAUGGUCAGAUGUGCGCAGUGCUCUCUGCAUGCAAACAUCUCAAGUGUUCUUUAAAAGACGUUUACAGCUGACCAACAUUCACUAGGAAGGAUUGACUGUCUGUGGGAAACGGACUGCGUGACUCCUCCCCCUUGCCAUUCCAAACAGGAAGUACCUGCAGGUUCAAGGAAGCCAAAAUCCCAUAGACCUCUAUAGACAAAUAGACCGCUGUAACCCAUUGUAACCUAUUGGUCAAAAUAGUUCUGAUACCUUUUUCAACCCGUUGAUUGACAGAUUUGGUGUAGUCCGCUUUCAGUGGUAGGGGCGUGGCCUUCCAACAAGCUCACUCGUGACUGGCGAGAGUUGUUGCCAUAGAAACGUUGACUCAGACCGACCGAUCAGUGCUUACUGACGACGUUUGGCUCCAAUGUGGCGGCAUCUAUUUUGGCAAGACUAAAUGACUUCAUUUGGUUGGAAACCCUUUUCUGUGGAUGACGUCACACAAAACAGAACAAAACAAAACAGUCCCGUUCUACGAUAGUCGGGUUUUUUUUUAAGCGCGAAAUGCUGCUAAAAUAACAACAUUUAUAUUUGCACUACACGUAUUUUCUCAUAUCAGCGAUUUCCUUACUUAUGUUUAGACAUCUGUGCAGGACAGUUUGGGGGGAGAAUCAGGAACGCACCAGGAAGUGGCGCAGCCUCUGACUCCACAACACAAAAGAACAUUUGUCGUUUGCUUUUGACCUUUCCAGAUCCAGAGUAAAGGUUACAUAAAUGUAUUCUAAAGUUCUGAUGAUUUGUGAGAUUCUGUAGAAUAAAAGCUGCUUUGUUUGAAAUGAACACGUCAAUCUUAGCUAGAAAAGCUACUAGCUUCUGGAAUUUAGCUACUAGCUAAUGGAAUACCUACUUGUUUUUGUCCCAAACACAGUUUUGCCUUUAUUUAGAUUUUUAAGACCAUUUUACUCAAAAUCCUGCCCCCCCCCCACCCCCCCACAAUGCAACAGUGUUUUUUUUUAUCUGCAGGGUAAAACCCUUCUGCUGUCACAAUUUUAUUUUUUCAGGAACCUUUUAAUGCAUACUAAACAACGUCAAUAAAAAGAAACACCGAGUUUGCUCCCCCCAGGCUGUGUAUGUAUGUGUAUACAGUACAUAUCAAAGUGUGUAUAAACAGUUGUACAGGUCUGGUAGUCGACGAUGAACCAGGUGAAAUGUGUUGCUGUUCUUUACUCAAACUGAAGCUGACGUAAUCCUCUGCUUGUGAAUGCAGCUUGCAGCACGCCGUCCGUACAUUUAGCCGAUCUGUAUCUAUAGCUCCCCGCUGCACCCCGUGGCGGUGAAAUGCGGGUGGCGUAGACGCCAACACGCCAGUGCAUGCCUGCAGAAAACUCGCACUCAUUCGUGGUGGAAGGUUUCUUUUCUUCAGUUUGAUCUCGACUCUCCAUGCGCUCAACUCCAACGGUUUUGAAAGGGUGUUGAUAUAAGUUAGGAGGAGCUGACUGUAUCAUGCAAACGCGCUUCUAUGUAUGCGAUGAAGAGGGUGGAGUCGAUGAAGAGGGUGGAGUCGAUGAAGAGGGUGGAGUCUACAUAGAGCGCUGGAUGUGUUUAAGGCUGCGUCUGUCCUUGUUCAUUUUUGUGCUUUUAUGUUACAAAGACUAACGUGGGAAUCAGCCGUAUGUUGAUGUUCGCUGCCCAGGAUUUCCUUUCACCCUCCCCCCCCCUUUUUACUCCCCCCCCCCUAACUUUUCCCCCCUAAUAGCGUGACGCAUUGUAUGCAUUUUGAGCUUUGUAAAGGUCUUUUUUAAACACUUAUUUUGUGUAUAAUGUAAAACUUUGUGUGUACUUUGAGGAAAGAAAAAAAAAAGUUUUGUGUCCAAAAUCAUUGCUACAUUUAAAUAAACAGCAACAAAAAAAAAGGAAAAUAUAUUAAAACAAAAAAGGGGCAACACAAAUUUACCAUAAAUGAUAUGAAAUGUUCUGCAGUAAAGAGGGACUUCUGGUGCCUUAAAAAUAAAGUCAAUCAAAUCCAAA